CAGUUCCUGGUCAUCACCAGCCUCGGCCCAGUCAAGGAAACCAGUUUGACCCCAACAACCUCGACCACGGAAAACGGUACCUGCUGUAUAAUACGACACAAGGCUGAAUGUGUCAAGUAAUGGAGUGAGGAAGAUAUGAGAAACUUAUCCACGGGAGAACUGUCGGUGUCACCAAGUUUUUUACGUUGACCUGAGAUACCUUCCGACCUGUAUGACCUCACCCCGUAGUGGUCCAACGAGGGAGGGUGAGGAAUCCCAAUCUUACCCUAACAUGAAGAACAUUGCUUCCUCUCAAAAUGAAGGCAGCCUCAACCUCUAUCCUUGUCUGGAGAACAUGAACCUCGGCACACCGCCAGGUUCCCGUCGCAGCAAUGUAACCAACAAGAGCGGCGGUGACACGGGCAUGGCCACUCCCAGCACCGCACCCCUCAGCCCCCUCACAGCGCGCCGCCUACGGGAGCUGGGACCUCGUGUUGAGGAGAUGACCACGCAGCUGGCCACCGCCACUUCAGGAGCUGGCAAAGUGUUAGCUGCUGGGGUCAGGAACUUGACUGCACAGGGCACUAAGACACUGAUGGAGCCAAUGGAAAAGUCAAAGUUUGGAUGGCUUGAUGCCCUGAUGGCUCUCUUCAGUAUUGGGUUGUUCUACUUCGAUGUGGUAUCUGACAUCUUUGUGGCGUAUUACAUGUACGACGACCCUGAAACUGAAGUUUGGUUCCGCUCUACAGUUCUAUUCCUAGUCAUACCUCUGUUAGUGGUGAAUGCCUUCAGCAUAUACUGGUACUGGUUUGAUGAACAUGUGUGUGAGUCGGAGGAGAUGUGUUACAUGUUGCCCAAGGCUUCACCCUGUGUGUGGGGCAUCAGGAUCAUCACCCACCUCCUGCUGCAGGGAACUGUUCUCAGGUACAUAGAUCUGCUUUAUAGUGGGAUUCAGACUAAAAGGAAAGAGUCAUCAGUUGCCAACCAUGACUACAGGUGCAAUGGCAACCAUCAAACCAACAGCUGUGCCCAGAAGAAUCAAGUUGAAGACCAUACAGCUCGCACUAAUGGUAAUUCUAGCAUCAACCCUGCCCCUACAAUCGAGCCCCUAUGUAAUUCCUACCAUAGUCGAUGGAUCCAUGCAGAACGAGAUGCUGCAAAUGUGGAUGUUUUGUCAUCUAUGUUGCAGGAUGCUCCUCAGCUCAUCCUGCAACUCUAUAUCAUGACUCACACUAUCCCAGAUCAGGCACUACAAGGUCACAUCAGCCAGACAUUGAUGAUGCAGAUACUCUCAGUGACAGCAUCUGUGGUAGCCAUGGCACUGUCUGUGGGAGCCUUCUCAAAGGCAAUACGUUUGGCUCAUCCAUCUUUAGGAAAUCUGAGUCUUGCAGGCCUCCUCUUCCUUUCAAUAUCUCACUUCUGUUCUAUUGCCCCCCAGGUGUUGUGUUUUGCCCUCUUUGCCAGCAAAUACCUGAUAGUAUUCCUGGCAUUGGUGUCUUGUCACUGGCUGGCUAGUAGUGUCUUCAUCCUUAUACAGCUCGUCUGCAGUCCAGACCCACGUCUCAUGGGAACGACCUUCAGCCAUGACAUUAAGAGGGGUCCGUGCAACAGGCUGGAUGACAUAGCCUUCAGUGCAGUCUUUGGGCUGAUCUUACUCUAUACCUUUAUGAAUGUUGGUGGGAGAGCUCCUAAGAUCCAGUUUGGAGUGUAUCAUUUCUUCAGACUGGUGGAGGAGGCUUGUAUGCUUGCAUUCUGGUAUCUUGCCACAGAUGGUGACAUGUGGUACCACUGGCUGCCACUAGUGUUGGUGUCUCUCUCUUGUGUUCUGGGCAUCAUCUUCUUCUCGCUCUACUACUGCUGUGUUAACCCAGACCGUGACAGGCGAUACCUUAGUGUGUGAUGGCAGGAAGCUCUGGCUAGCUAGGGAAUUAUGAAGUAACAUUUGAUCUUUGCUCAAAGAAUUUCUUUGUCUCAGCAUCAUACAGAUUAGGUAGAGGUGUUACUGAAGCAUUACAGUAAGUACAGUAUUGGGUACCAAACAAUGAUCCUACCAGUUAGACAUGUGAACUAUGAAUGUCUUUUUGUCCAGUGUUAUUAAAUGAUUGCUGCCAAAAAAAAACCAUGGACUCUGUUAUCUUAGACAACCUAGUUAUUUUUUUAUGCUGCAGGUAAAUGAUCAUCUUUGACAUGAUACACUCAUCUUGGCACACAGUUUAAGGUUUUAUAUUGUACAGCAAAAAACAGAAAGAUUAACCCAUGCCUUAAAUCAGUCAAAUGAAACAAUUAAUUCUGAACAUUGUUUGUUACAGGUAUAAACUUUCCUUACUGAUAAUAAAGAAGAUAUGACAGUAUGAAGAACUAUUAUGAAAAUAUAUUCAGGACAAUAUUGUAUAAUGUUUUUGAUCUGCUGAAUUGUGUCAGCAACAGAUUCCUGUCCUGUGUUAUAUUAUGAGGAAUAACUCUCAGAAACUGGGAGGAGGGUGUAGUCUGUACAGUAGUAGGUGUGUAGUCUUAUUUAAAUGGUGGAAUAUUCUCAAGUUAAGGUUCUCAAGGAUGAUGUAAGAAUUAUUCAGUGAUACAUUUCUUCAGUUCUUAUACAACAAUUGCAACACAUACUUUUUUAUAUGUAUAACCAAGUUUCUUUAGUGUUGUUAUAUUUAGAGAGUUACAUUGUUGUUUAAAGGACUUACUGACAAAUAUUCCACUUAUUACACGAUAUUUUAUAUUGUGUGGGUUACAUGCAUAGCAAAAUACAUGUAGCUGUAAAGUUUGGGCAAAAUAAUGACUGAACUGGACACAUACAACUCAGUUAACAGAUGAUGGUUCUGUAAUAAGUCUAAAGGCAGCAGCACACUGGGCACUUUUCCUCCCAACUGUGCUGGGCCAACAUGGUCCGGAUAGCAAAACAAAGCGAAGUUUUUGUCAUACUGGCAUGUCAGCCAAAACACAACAAAACAAUAACAAGGCGUCUAGUUAAGGUUCGCAAUGGAUCCCGUUACAACAGUUGAGGCCUUGCAUGAUUAUGCUCUAGUUCUUCAAUUGCUGAAGCAAGUGAGGCAUCUGUAAAAGCUAAAAAAAAGACAAUGGGUGCGUCGUGAAGUUUGUUACAAGUGGUGUUGGCUGGCUAGUCAAAGAAGACCCUGAAUAAUAAUUUGAUAAUACUAAAUAAGCUUUAAAGUGACAGAUAAAUAGAAACACGUCAUUGUUUUGUGUUAUAUUUUAAAUUAUUAUUGUUUCAUGAUUUAUUUCAAUUUUACUUAAAUAUUCAACACUUAAUAUGAAGUACUUGUACAGUACUGUAUAUUUUUGCACUAAUUCGACCAGCAAAGCUCGCCUCCAAACUGUUGUCCAUUUUUCUCAGUAGGCUAAAUCCUGCUCCUUGCUGGGCCGUCAGGCCAGUGACCAGCAAAAAUGGCCAACAUGUUGAGAGGAAAGUGCCCAGCAUACCGUUGCCUUAAAACUCAGUUCUCAUUAGUGUUGGUGAUGUAGGUUAGCUGUCCUCACUGCUGCGGAUUCAUGUGUAACCUGUAAUAAAGUGGUAAUGAUCUCGCACGGUUGAUGGCAAGAUGUUACACACAAAUACAGUACAGUACAGUACAGUACUUGUAAAUAUAUAUAGUACUAUACUCUUAGUUUCAUGGUUUUUGGUUCGCUACUUAUUCAGAAUGAACUUAUAUGGCUGGUCCGUUUGUUUUGGAUUAGUAGUUAGAUAUAACUAAAAGAAAGUUAUUUAAAUUUAAAUUGUUAAUAAAAUUUACUCAUAGUCCAAUAAAAUUCUAAUCUGAAUUUAC